GGGCUGGGCCGGGUGGGGCGGCCAUGGCGCUCCCCAGGCUGCACAGCGCCGAGCUCGUGCUCUUCGCCGCCGCCUUCCUGGCCGGGGCCGUGGUGGCCGCUGCAGUCUUCCGGACGCAGGGCACUUUCAACGGCCAGUGCCCCGUCUACGGCACCACCAGCUGGAACCACUCGGCACUCUCCUUGUCCAGCUCCUCGGCCCCCUCCCUCUGCUACUUCGUGGCGGGGGUCUCGGGCCUCCUGGCCCUCUACGGCCUCCUGGUGGUGUUCUACUGGACCUACAGCAGCUGCCUUGAAGACUCCCACAGAAGUCCCCUGGGCCUCCGAGUCUCUCUGGGCUUGUCAGCUGCAGCUGCCUUCCUAGUGCUUGUGUCGUCCUGCAUCCUUCGAUUUGGCACCAAGUCUCUGUGUGCCUCCAUAAUGCACUUAAAAAUUGUGGACUGCUGCUCCGAUGCCCAGAAACUUCGCUGGGAGCCUCCCAGACCGGGCCUGCACUUCUACUCCACCCUGUACACUGCAGAAGCUUCCUCCUGGGUGAGCCUGGUGUUCUGGUGCCUGCUUCUGGCCUUGCAGCUGCUGCAGUGGAAACGGGAAGCCCCCCCAUACCGGCCCCUGGAGCGAGGGGACCCAGAGUGGAGCUCAGAAACAGAUGCCCUCUUUGGGGCCCGCCCAUCCCGCCCCUGAAGAACUGGGGUUUGAAGCCUCCUAGCCAAAGACUGGAUGCCCAAGCGCCUGUGACUGGAAGCCCCAACCCUGCAGUUUCGGGGAUUCCCCUGGUGCCACCUCCACCAGCCCAUCCCUUCCUGCCGGAACAUUGCAGCCUUUCGCCUUCCAAGUGACUUUCUCUGUUGAAUGAAAACAAAGGGAUCUCC